AUGACAGACCCAGACCUCAACAAUAAGCUCGAUAGACUACUCACUCUAUUGGAAGCACAGAUAGUGCUUACCAGACAGGGUCAUCGAGAGGAACGAUUACAACGAGCUCAACUGAGCAGGGAGGAGACAAUGGACCUCUCUCACUCAGAAGACCAAGCAGGAGGAGGAGAUGAACGAUCAGUCUCAUUCAACCUGGAUGAGCAGGAGGACAUCAACUACGAGAAGUAUGCUUCACCUACUGGGCCAAGAUAUGUCAAGACUAAGCUGGACCCCUACAGCAGGACUAGGACGGACCCUUACCCCCUGGACCACAAGGAGGACACCAGCAUCAUGGCAGAGCUUAACCGGUCAAAGCCCAUCGCCACCCCCUUUCCAAAGUUCAAUCCCCGAGACAUGGAGAUCUUCAUUCUAGAAGCUGAAGCAUGGUUUAAGUUCAACCAGGUGUAUGAGCAGUCUAGGAUGAUCAAUCACAUGGGUGCUCAACUGGAAGGGACAGCAAGAGAGUGGUGGACCUCCAAGCUCCGCAUUGAUAGAGCUAGAGAAGGAAGGUUGUUCAAUGAUUGGCACUACUUCACAGAGCGACUGUCAGAGCAGUUCAACCCAUGCAAUGCUAGGAUGGAGGCAUACAACAAGCUGUUGGCUCUCAGACUCACAAGUGAUGCUCCUGGUGCCGCCACCCGUCAUGUAGAGCGGUUCAGAGAUUUGGAAGGACAGGUCAACCUAGAUGACAAUGAGCUAGUGAUUGAUCUCUUCAGAGGUAGUCUCACUCGUAGCAUACAGGAGAAGUUCGAGAGGAAUCCACCUGGGAAGAGAUGGGAGUGGGGUAUUGGCCAUUGGGCCAGAGACUGCCCCAGCAGGAGGGUAGACCCUCUUAGCUCUCGACCCGUGGGACCAAAGGUUAUGGUCACCACAGCAGACCCCUUUGAGGAGGCCACCGACUCAGGAGAUGGCCACACAGGCAGCCCUGAGACAGGUGACCCCGAGGCCAUGGACCUCAGCUCAUACCAGCAACCCAUGGACCCCGAUCACGAGGAGGAGCAUGAUGAUGAUGACGAUGAGGGAAACUCUCAGAUUCUUUCAUUAGUAUCUAUUGGUACACACAAUCUGGGUGUGGUCGAAGCUUCAGUGGCCGACACUGCAGACUAUGACCUCAUCCUGGGGUUCACUGAGCUACAGAGGCUCAAACCCACCAUACAAUGGGAUAUGGGCCAGCUGGAGUUCAAGACUCAGGAGCAGGACCAACCCCCAAGGAGACCCCCUGAAGCAGCAAGAGCAGGGGACCUGACCAUGAGGAGACCAACCCUUCAUGGUAACGAGUUUGUCUCAGCAGAGCACAUACUACGAGCAGCUCUAGAAGAUGGACCCAUAGGAUUCAUGCUGUUGGAGGAGUCACCAUCAUCACUCCCGGCCUUUGGUUUUGUACCUACAGGUGCAGACAAAGGAGUCGAGAUGGAGGUGGAGGUAGACAAGGUGGUGACAGCUGCAGACAUACCAAAGCCAUACCAACACCUGCAAGAUGUGUUUGAUGAGGUGGAAGCAGACAAGCUGCCCCAUCAUACCGAGCAUGAUCUCCACCUCGAGUUGAUAGAAGGAGGUAAGCCACCUCAAGGGCCCCUAUACCUUAAGGGACCCAAGGAGAUGUCCGAGUUGAGGAGAUACUUGGAUGAGAACCUCGAGAAGGGGUUCAUAAGACCAUCGAAGAGCCUGGCACAAUCACCAGUGCUCUUCAUACCAAAGAAGGAUGGAGGUCUCAGACUCUGUGUGGACUACAGAGGUCUCAACGAGAUCACUGUCAAGAACAGGGCACCAUUGCCCCUCAUCGAGGAGCAGCUGUUCUUACUCCGGAAGGCAAGGAUCUAUACCAAGCUAGACCUUAGAGCAGCAUACAACCUCAUCCGGAUUGCUAAAGGAGAUGAAUGGAAGACAGCUUUUGGCACUCAGUUGGGACUCUAUGAGUACCUAGUGAUGCCCUUUGGCCUAGCCAAUGCUCCGGCUCACUUCCAGUCAUUCAUCAAUGACAUCUUCCAAGACAUCAUUGGGAUAUAUGUGGUAGUAUACCUAGAUGACUUCCUGAUCUUCAGUGACACUGAAGAAGCACAUGUGAAGCAUGUCACCGAGGUCCUCACUCGCUUAAGGAGCAACAGGCUCUUUGCUAAGCUGUCGAAGUGUGAGUUCCACACCAAGACAGUCGAGUUCCUGGGGUACAUCAUCAAGCCAAUGGGCAUAGAGAUGGACCCAGAAAAGGUGCACACUGUCAAGGAGUGGACAAUGCCGGAGUCAAUCCAUGACAUCCAGAGGUUCCUGGGUUUUGCCAACUUCUAUCGAAGGUUCAUAGCCCACUUUGCUCACAUAGCCAAGCCCUUGACAGCACUGGUAAAGCCUAUAGAACGGUUCAAGAAGUUCGAGCUACCAGAGGAAGCCCAACAGGCCUUCCACAAGCUCAUCCAGGCCUUCACAUCAGCAGGAGUGCUUCAGCACUUCGACUACCACCUUCCAACAAGGUUGGAGACUGAUGCAAGUGACUUUGCUAUAGCAGGAGUACUCAAGCAGGAGCAUGAAGGACGAUGGCAUCCAGUGGCCUUCUACUCUAGGAAGAUGUCUUCUGCCGAGAAGAACUAUGAAAUCCAUGACAAGGAGCUCCUAGCUGUGGUUGCCUGCCUUACUCAGUGGCGACACAUGCUAGCUGGACUACCAAACCAACUGGUCAUCCUCACUGACCAUGAAGCCCUCAAGUACUUCAAGUCACAGAGACGCAUCACAGGUCGACAGGCUCGAUGGGCCAUACUACUAGCAGACUUCGACUUCAUAUUGCAGUAUCGACCAGGAGACAAAGGUGGUGAACCUGAUGCUCUCACCAGAAGGACAGACAUGCAACCAGCUGGUGAAGAGCAGGAUCACAAUGUGAGGCAACUACUGCCUCCUCGAGUGUUCAAGGAGACAGCAGACCAUGACUCGACCCUAGUGGCCCCUAUGCUCUCGAUGGAGUCCAUAACAUCAAAAGGUCUCAAAGACCUGGUCAAGACCUUCCAGCCCUUGGACCAAGAGCUACAGGAGAUACAUAGGAAGAAGCCCUUCAAACUCAAGGACGACCUAUGGUACAGUGGAGGAAGGUUGGUUAUCCCCAAAGUGAUCAUGCCAGGGAGGACCAACAACCGACACUCGAGGAGUGCCAAAGAGGUAGAUGGACAGUCUCUCUCUGUAGAGCAUCUGCGAUUCAUGGUGAUGACCCAAUGCCAUGAUGGUAUCACUGCUGGACACGUAGGAAGAGAUGCUACCAUCAAGGCAGCUCAACGACAUUACUGGUGGCCAAACAUGACAGCUUGGAUUGCAGACUAUGUAGCAAGUUGUCCUCCACUAGCAACCCCAGACAGGCCCUGGGGCUCCAUAUCCCUCGACUUCAUCGAAGGACUACCACCAUCGAAGAAGUAUGACUCCAAGACCUAUGACUCUAUCUUAGUCAUUGUCGACAGGUUAACCAAGUUUGCCAUACUAGCUCCAACCCAUAAGACAGUCACGGCCAAACAGACUGCAGUGUUGCUAUAUGGACACAUGGUUAGACUCUUCAGAUACCCAGAUCACAUGGUCUCGGACCGAGGCAGGCAGUUCAUAUCAGGAGCAUGGAAGGCAUUUGCAGAGCAAAUGGGUGUGAAGCACUCACUUAGCACGGCUUACCAUCCUCAAACUGAUGGUCAGACAGAGAGAGUCAAUCAGGUCAUAGAGCAAUACCUCAGGAUGUACUGCAACUAUGAGCAGAAUGACUGGGCCAACCUGCUGGACACUGCGGCCUUUGUAUACAACAACACAGUCCACAACAGCAUUGGAGUCAAUGAUCCAGGUUGCUUCAAGUACCUCAUGGAUGGAAAGGAGCGUUGCAAGUACCUCCAGGAGCAGAUCAGAGAGGCACAACGGAGAUCAGUAGACCAGUAUAACAGGAAGCACAAGGACAUCGAGUUUAAGGUGGGUGAUAUGGUCUAUAUCAACCGUCGAAACUGGAAGACACAGAGACCCACACCCAAGUUAGAUACCUGGUUUGCAGGACCCUACCCAGUUCAGGAACGGGUAGGACGCCGAGCUUAUCGAAUCACAUUGCCAGCAAACCUUAGGGUGCAUGAUGUGUUCCAUGUCUCCAUGCUCGAGCCAGCAAGAACAAGUUCUCUUCCUCAAUGUGCUGAACAGCCCACCAUACCAUCACUUCCAGAUGAGGACCUCGACUUCGAAGUCGAAGCACUCAUCGACAAGCGUUCACACAAUGGGACUACGGAGUACAAGGUGUUGUGGAGAGGGUACUCAGAGGAAGCUGCUUCAUGGGAACCAGUAGAGAACCUCAACUGUCCCGACCUCAUCCAGGAGUAUGAGGUGUCGGAGGGGGGACGAUGCAGUCUCCAUGGAGACCAUGGACUCCUAUGGACUCACAUGCAAAGGAGGGCCAAGCACAGCCACGAGGAGGACCAAGCUCAAGGAGCAGGCACAGCCACGAAGAGGACCAAGCUCAAGGAGCAUGCAGAUGGUUACCACUCAGGGGCUCAAGAGACAAGAGCCAAAGGAACUGUCACUGAUCAAAGGAGGAGGAGCAGUGUCGAAGGAGUCGACACCAGGUCAUGA